CCGAUCGCUUUUCUAGAUUCUGCACAGUUGCGCCCUCUGAAUGACCCACGCGUCUGUACGCAUUCACACGACACAGCUCCUGGAAUCAUGGCGGACGGUCACAGCAACAACAAUCAUGUCCCUGUUUUGCUUUCAUUUUCGGCGUUUUCGCGGCCGUCCUCUGUGCCUGUUGGUUCUGGAUAUGAAGUGCUCAUUCAAAAGUUUUUGUCAAUCUACGGACGCCAGAUUGACCUCCAUCGUAAAUUCAUGAUUCAAUUGUAUUCGGACGAGUGGGCACAGUACAUUGAUUUGCCGAAAGGAUUCAUCAUAUCUGAGAAAUGCAAGCUACGAUUUGUACCUUUGGAAACGGAUGUGACAGUACUGGGGAACCUGAUCCCUGCCACCACGGUUUUCUUCUGCUGUGACAUGCAGGAAAGAUUCCGCCCAGCUAUCAAGUACUUCGGUGACAUCAUCAGUGUGGGACAGAGACUGCUUCAGGGGGCUCGUAUCCUGGGGAUCCCCGUCAUCGUGUCGGAGCAGUACCCCAAAGGCCUGGGUAGCACUGUGCAGGAGAUGGACCUCACCGGAGCCAGGCUGGUGUUCCCUAAGACCAAGUUCUCCAUGGUGCUGCCUGAGGCUGAGGCAGCCCUGGCCGACCUGCCGGGGGUCCGCAGCGUGGUGCUGUUCGGGGUGGAGACCCAUGUGUGCAUCCAGCAGACAGCCCUAGACCUGCUAGCGAGGGGUUUCGAGGUGCACAUGGUGGCAGACUCCACCUCAUCCCGUAGCAUGAUGGACAGAAUGUUUGCACUGGAGCGAAUGGCUCGCACCGGGAUCAUUGUCACCACCAGUGAGUCUGUCCUCCUCCAGCUGGUAGGCGACAAGGAGCACCCGAAAUUCAAGGAGAUCCAGAAUAUCAUCAAAGCCAGCGCCCCCGAGUCUGGCUUGCUUUCUAAGGUCUAGACUAGGCCACACAUGGUCAAAAAGGAAAAGGUAGAAUGUGUCCUUAUCCACUUAUCCCAGAUACAGCUCGGGGCGGCAGGGUAGCCUAGUGUUUAGAGCGUUGGACUAGUAACCGAAAGGUUGCAAGUUCGAAUCCCCGAGCUGACAAAGUACAAAUCUGUCGUUCUGCCCCUGAACAGGCAGUUAACCCACUGUUCCUAGACCAGUUAACCCACUGUUCCUAGGCUGUCAUUGAAAAUAAGAAUUUGUUCUUAACUGACUUGCCUAGGAAAAUAAAGGUACAAUAAAUAAAAAUAAAAGAUAUGGCUUUAUAUUCUUGUCGUGGCUAAGGAUAGAACGUUUAGGUGUAGAGUAGCCUGAUCCUAGAUCUGUGGUUAAAUUAGUAUGUCAUGGUUAAGGUUAGGAUUGAGGGUAGGGAUAUCUGUGGUUAGGGACAACUUCUACCAUCAAGCAGUGGCAGAGAACCAAGAGGAAUCGAGAGGUUUAAAGUGGCAAUCUGCAGUUGCUUAAUAUAUUUUUGGAGUUAUAAUUGAAUUAUAUGUACCCAUUGAUUCUUGAAGAAUAUAACUUGGAAAUGCCUCAUGACCUUAGUUCAGCUGUCACAGUCCACGAGAACCCAAAAUAUAACCGUAUUUUAUUCCAAUGUUUGUAAACAACAAUAUAUAUAUUGCAUCCAUAGCUCUGUCUAUGGAUUUGAGUGCUUACAUUUCACCAGCCCCUCCCUUAUCUUUUUUUCUGCUGAUUUGAUGCUUUAAGGUGAAUUGGGGGAUGGGCCAGUUUUCCGUCCUGGUCUGGGAAGGGGAUGGACCAGUUUUCUGGUCUGGGAAGGGGAUGGACCAGUUUUCUGGUCUGGGAAGGGGAUGGACCAGUUUUCUGGUCUGGGAAGGGGAUGGACCAGUUUUCUGGUCUGGGAAGGGGAUGGACCAGUUUUCUGGUCUGGGAAGGGGAUGGACCAGUUUUCUGGUCUGGUCUGGGAAGGGGAUGGACCAGUUUUCUGUCCUGGUCUGGGAAGGGGAUGGGCCAGUUUUCCGUCCUGGUCUGGGAAGGGGAUGGGCCAGUUUUCCGUCCUGGUCUGGGAAGGGGAUGGACCAGUUUUCCGUCCUGGUCUGGGAAGGGGAUGGGCCAGUUUUCCGUCCUGGUCUGGGAAGGGGAUGGGCCAGUUUUCCGUCCUGGUCUGGGAAGGGGAUGGACCAGUUUUCCGUCCUGGUCUGAGAAGGGGAUGGGCCAGUUUUCCGUCCUGGUCUGGGAAGGGGAUGGGCCAGUUUUCCGUCCUGGUCUGGGAAGGGGAUGGACCAAUUUUCUGGUCUGGGAAGGGGAUGGACCAGUUUUCCGUCCUGGUCUGGGAAGGGGAUGGACCAGUUUUCCGUCCUGAUCUGGGAAGGGGAUGGACCAGUUUUCUUUCGGUCCUGGUCUGGGAAGGGGAUGGACCAGUUUUCUUUCGGUCCUGGUCUGGGAAGCUCAUUGCGUAUGCAGCAUUUCACUCCAGCUGGAGUAAAUAUUGUGAAAAUCCAACCUUGUUGUCGGGAAGGACUUGUCUGGAACUGGAAGUGCUCAUUGAGGUGAUGUCGUAGGACCCACUACAUUUCCACUGACCAGUUUCAUGUGGGUUUGAUGAAUACCGGGUCUCAGACUAGGUUUGGGAAACCUUGGCUGGGCUUAUUUAUGUACCAAUGAUAUUUAUGCACUGAGCGUUCCAGCCUGCCCGAGCACAUGGGUGAUUAAGUGCUUGCUUCAUGUGACUGGUAUAUUGUAUGUGAGUCUGGGUAUGAUCUAGAAAAAUGAUAUAUUGAUAUAUGAUAUAUUUCGUAAUGUAUAAUUCCUGUUUCCCUUUUUUGUCAACAGCUCACAGCAUGACAGUAUUUCGGAAUUGAACUUCCUCGUCUAUUUUUAUUAUGUGUUCAGUGGCAUGCCUUAUUCUCUUAUCUGCCUGUAAUGAAAAAGGGGAAAUAAAUAUAAGAAAUUGUUGAGACAUU